AUGGCUUACAAAAUCCGCCUUUCGUUCUUUGCUCUCAUCUCCGUUUCCGUUAUCCUCCUUGACCUAGUAGGAGGAGCAGCUGCUGGGCGAAAUGUGCCAACAAUCUCCAACACAGAUGACAAGAAACAACCUCAGUGGUUACUUGACCAUGACGGAAGUCUUCUCAUUCCUGGCAUUGGGCGUGUGAUGCUACCACCACUGAAACAUUUUGCUCCAUUCCCUGGCAUGGGCAGCACCGGCAGCACUGGUGGAAGUGGAAGUGGUGGAAGCCCGAGUAGUAACAACUAUGUUCCAGGCGGUGAUGACACAUUCGUCCCAAACCCCGGUAAUGAGGUUCCAACCCCCGGGAAUGGUGGCGGGAGCACUCCAGUUGCUCCAUAUCCCUGA